GGUUCAUUUUUUUGUCGUGAGCGUGAGUGCAAGUGCUUUAAUAAAACAAACGAUUUCAAGAAAUUGCCGCAUUUAAUUUGGGCCUGGCAAACGCGCGAACAUUUGCGCAGGGCGUUCUGUGUGCAAACAACGCUCCCCCGGCCGCCGUCUAACCCCCCCCCGUCCCCCUGACGCUUGCAAUUUUUGUGUUUCGUCGCCGUCGUUCCCGGCUGCCAUGUCCGACUACAGCGACCUGGAUCGCCAGAUCGAGCAGCUGAAACGCUGCGAGAUAAUCAAGGAGAACGAGGUGAAGGGCCUGUGCGCCAAGGCGCGCGAAAUUCUCGUCGAGGAGGGCAACGUGCAGCGCGUCGAUUCGCCGGUUACCGUUUGCGGUGAUAUCCAUGGCCAGUUCUAUGAUCUGAAGGAGCUGUUCAAGGUGGGCGGCGAUGUGCCCGAAAAGAACUAUCUGUUUAUGGGCGAUUUUGUGGAUCGCGGCUAUUACAGUGUCGAGACAUUCCUGCUGCUGCUGGCGCUCAAGGUGCGCUAUCCGGAUCGCAUAACGCUGAUACGGGGCAAUCAUGAAUCUCGCCAGAUAACACAGGUGUACGGCUUCUAUGAUGAGUGCCUGCGCAAGUAUGGCUCCACGGCCGUCUGGCGCUAUUGUACCGAAAUCUUUGACUACCUCAGCCUCUCGGCCAUUAUCGAUGGCAAGAUAUUUUGCGUACACGGCGGCCUGUCGCCCUCGAUACAGUAUUUGGAUCAGAUCAGGAGCAUCGAUCGCAAACAGGAGGUGCCGCACGACGGUCCCAUGUGCGAUCUGCUCUGGAGCGAUCCCGAGGAUCAGACCGGCUGGGGUGUAUCGCCGCGCGGCGCCGGCUAUCUAUUUGGCUCCGAUGUUGUCUCACAGUUCAAUCGUACCAAUGACAUCGACAUGAUCUGUCGCGCCCAUCAGCUGGUCAUGGAGGGCUUCAAAUGGCACUUUAACGAAACCGUGCUGACCGUCUGGUCGGCGCCCAACUAUUGCUAUCGCUGCGGCAAUGUGGCUGCCAUAUUGGAGCUGAACGAGUACCUGCAUCGCGACUUUGUUAUUUUCGAGGCGGCACCGCAGGAGAGUCGCGGCAUACCCUCAAAGAAGCCACAGGCCGACUAUUUUCUUUAAAAUGCGAAUGCGCAGACACUGUAACGGAUGAACCAAGACAAACGGCACGCUCCGCACGAACGGACACUUCGGAGCGCUGCAACAUUGAUAACUGCCUGCCUGCCUCAAGCAACAAGAAAUUAAUCAAUUAUAUACAACUUGGAAACCUUAACAUUUAAGGCCUCAGCGACACAAUUCACAAUUCACGAUCCAAGUCCCGAUUCCGGAAAAGAGUAUCAACAUCUCAUUUCUUUUCUGCUCUCAACCCGAAUCCAAACCAUUUUCCACUUACUUUCUAAGCAUAUAUGCACAUAUAUAGAUACAUAUAUAGAUAAUUAAGACGGUUUUUUUUUUUUUCAUUUUUC